AUGAUGGACAAUUGGCAGUCGAACGACGUAGGGGACGAUUGGGAGUACGAGCGGCAACACAAAUGGUUUGAGGAUCGACCUGUCAUUCCCGUCCCCCCUGCGCCCGCACCGCCUGAACCAGAUGCGCCAAAAAUCCAACCCUCCGAUUCCGCACUAGCAACAAACGGUGCCAUCGCAUACGCCCUCCAGAUCGCUCCGAACAUCCUUCGAACAAGAUAUGACGCUUUUGGAGAGUUAGGCGUGCUCGGAUGGUGUGACGAGUUCCGCGAACUCAUCGAUGCCAUCAUCGAGACCGGCUUUGAAGGCGCCCUGUUCACAUCGACACGCGACAUCGCUCUUACGACAUGUCAUCAGCUGUUAAGGCUUGACAUUGACAUCAAGAUGCAGAUCAUCGUCAUAUACCUUUCGGCUCAGGUAGCGCGGCUUCGGCGGUUCCUAGAUGGCGACAUGCAGUACGAAGAUUACCCGGACUUAUCAUUCCCGAAGCCGUGAUGAAGGGCGGAUUUCACUGCCCCGGUUGUACAUAUCAUUGUUUAUAUUUUCUUCUUCUCCUCAAGCAUCUGUAUGAUUCUACAUAACCAUCACGUCUCCCGAU